AUGGCUGAUAUUAGCAACAAGAAGCGCAAGAGGGAUGGCGAGUCAUCUGGCAAGCCAAAAAAGAAGGUUGUGCUGGAUGCGCCAGCAGACAAAGCUGCCGUCUCUAAUGUGCUACGAUCCAGACACUGUCCACCAGUAAUUGCUACGACGCCUGGAAUCGAAGUCCCCGAAAACAUUGCUUUCCGCUCGUACCAGCCUCAAGAAGGGUCAAGACCCAAGUCCAGCAAAUCGAAACAAGGAGGCGACAAGGAGCUGCUACUGCACUCAACUUCACAUCAAAGCCUAGACUACACUGCGAGAGAAGAGGGCCAUAGAGGGACCAAUCAACUCGUUAAUCACUUUGUUGGUAUUUACGAUCCCAAAACCGGCAAGCUUGAGGCAGUGGAGGCAAAGAAGAUGACUGUCCGAGUCACGGUUCGCGCCAGGCAAGCGCCAGCCUCCUCCAUGGGCGAGAACCAGGCCAAGCAGAGCAUGUUGGAGCGAAGAACAGAUCUGGGACAAACGUUCGGUACAAAGAAAGCCAAGAAGGUUAUCCGCGAAACCGUCCUCAACGCCAUUGCUCCUCAGAGAAAACCUGGCGAUUCUCCUACCAAGAUGGACGACGCUGCCAGGGCAGUUCUGAAAUCUGUUGGCCAGAUUACAACCAACAUGGCAACAAAAGAAGAACUCCAGGCUGCCGUUGACGAAGCCAAGCCGGUCCCGAAGGCGAAUAUGGAUGCAUCGGAUAUUCACGAUGUCUAUGAUCCCAAGGUCAUUAUCGGGGCAGACGUUCUCAACCUCGUCCCCAUCAGAGAAUGGCAAGAAAAGGUUCGACACGAGGAGGGCAUCCAAACGGCAUCUCGAUUCGUUGCCGCCCGAGUCAACGCCAUUGCUUCCAACGACGACGCUGUCACUCGACUACGUGUACUUCGAUACUUUAACUUUGUGCUCAUGUUCUAUCUUAGCAGCAAGCCUGGCAGACAGCGAGGCACACGACAGAUUCUCCCUCGGGACAAGUUGCGCGACGUGCUGUCACCCGCGCCAGAGGCUGUGGUCGAAAGCAUUCGUCGAAAAUUCUCCGAUGCUGGUGUCAUGAGAAAGUUCCACAUUGAUCUUCUCAUGGCGUAUUGCUGUGUCUUUGCAUGCAUUGUCGACAACUUUGAGGUGGACACGCAAAAUCUCAGAGACGACUUGAGGGUGGACCAGAAGACGCUGAACCAGUACUUCUAUGAGAUUGGAGGCCGUGUCAAGCCUGUUAGUAGCAAGGCUCAGGGUUCGCCAGCCGUACACAUGGGGAGACUUGUGUUGCCGCUGGUGUUCCCCAAACAGAGACAGAUAGCUCCGCGACGAAAGUAG